AUGCUGAAAUGGGGCAGCGGUGAUGUUUCAGCUACUAAAUCUGGAGCGCUUGGCCCAUUUCAAGCAGCAAGCAUAUCAGUGACCAAUUUGACAGAAAAGCUGGUACAAAAUGAACAGCUGGUAGCAGGACUCAAAGAACUUGUCAGGGAAAAGGAUAAUGAGUUAUGCCUUAAAGCAAAAGAAUUAAAGAAAGAAAAAGAAGCACCUGAAACCAAGAUUUCCAAAUUAAAGCUGCAAAACAAAGCCAAAGUAAUAUCCUCAACAACACAAUUAGAGGAACUCAAAAAGCAAUUAUCAGGAGAUGAAAUCCAAGAAGGAAUAUCCAAGCAAAAGAGAGCUGCAAGUCGUGGAAAAAUAUUGGUACAAUCAUACCUCGGGUUAAAGUUGCCUCAGGUUGAGUGUUUUUGGGUUGCGCUCCGCAGUGACCCGGAAGUAACGGAACAUAGUACUUCUGGGUUUUGUCGCUCGCGCAUGCGCUGGAGUGGCGAAUCGCGACCCGCAGACACGGGUUGCAUUCUGCUCAGGACGUGA